UCCACAGGGUCAUCACCCACAUCUUUGUCUACGAGGACCUCCCCUCCUUGGCCUGGGGGGCCGCUGUCAUCUGGUGCUUCGGGGGCAGCUUCGAGCGGAGCGUGGGCACGGCGAGGCACUGCCUGCUCACCGCCGCCUUCGCCCUGCUCUCCGCCCUCCUCUACCUCCCUCUGGAGGCCGCGCUGUCCCGGGGGGCGGGGCUGGAAGAUCCCGGAGGCUUCACGCCGGUGGCCUUGGCGAUGCUGGGGGCGUCCAGCGCCCGCUCGGGGGUGAGGAGGACUCUGCUCUGUGGUGUCCCGGUUCCCGUGCUGCUGCUGCCCUGGCUGCUGCUGGGCCCGGCGUGCUGCCUCCCUGGCUGCUCUCCCCUGAGUGCCCUCUGUGGGCUGCUGGCUGGGCAGGCCUAUGGCCUUGGCUACUGCUCCUGCUUGGACCUUCCAGAGUCAGUGGCCUCAAAGCUGGACGGGGUGUUCCCCUUCAGCCUGCUGAAGAGGAUCCCAGGCCUGAAAUACAUCCCAGCCUCCUCAGCAGAGAGAAGAGCCUUUGAGAGCAGCAAGAUUAACCCUGCGCCAGGUGCCUACCCCACCCAGAGCUACUCCU